AUGGUAGCUAUCGGAGUUCUGGCGAAUCUCGUCAACAAGCACAACGAUCUUCAGCAUGCUGACGGACAUGGAUCGUCGAAAGUCCGGCGCUCCUCUAGUACCAAGUUUGCUACCCCAACAGUGACUUCCACUAUUCAGCGUCCCCUGCCCAGAGAGUUGAAGGCAGAAGACAUCCAUGUGCGGGUUACUGACCAGUUUUCCCGAGAAAGUAAAGAGAGGGGAGACGACUUCUUGCUGGCUCACAAAAUUGCUGAAAGCCUGGAGGAUCUCAUAUACAGCUCCACUACGUUCAACUGCAGGAAAGAUACAGCCAAGGUGGUGUUUGAUAUACAGGUUACUGCGGCUUCAACUGGGAGUCGUUGGAGUCGAAGUUGGAAGGGCGAGGUUGGUUUUGUUCGCUUGGGGUUGGAUUUUUCGGUUUGUGAUCAAACCGGACCAAACGAUACCAUCCUUAAGCAUGGAAAAGUUGCAUAUAUCAGUCCGCUGAAAGAGUCCAGGUUCAAACAGAUGCGUGGCAGGGAAUCGGGGGAGAAAUCUUUAUUGUCGGUCCUUCCCGUUGUUUCCCGACAGCUGGUGAGCGAGUUGGAAAUCGAUACGACGUACACGUCGAAAGUGUUGGCGUGA